UGUAUGGAUGGUAUGGAAGCGUAAGCAGGUAACCAAAAAAUACCUAUUUGACUUUUGUCAUACUUUAGCAAAUGUGUAAAAAUAAAAUUAUAAUAAAUGAAUGAAUACAUAAAAGUAACAAAACCCUACCUAUUUAACAUCUCUUUCUCCUCUCUGAUUAUAUACGCACACAUACAGACAAGAUACAAAUGGAGUUCUUUGAAAACCAUAUCAACAUCACCUAAAAAGCUGGUUUAGAACAUGCUUGUUCUCUCCUCCUCCCUCAACCUCACGCAACACCCCCCCCCUUCUCAGAUCUUUAUGAUUUCCUUCACACACAACUCAACAUAGCCUACACCCCUCAACUCACUGAAGAACCGGUGAUUACCGACGACAAGUCCAGAAGAGAGAGAGACUUCAAGAGAGAGAGACGGCGAAGAGUUUCGGUGCAGCCGCCGCUGCGGUGGUGGUGGAUCUUCACGACGGCGGCCGUAGCCACCGUGAGAUACGGCGGUGAUGGCGGUGAGACCCGACGGCUAUCGGAGCCACGUCGGAAGCUGUACGGUGGUGGUGGUGCUCGGUCCGACAGAUUUCUUGUCACGGAUCAGGCUCGGGUUCAGCAGGUAUCAUGUUCAAGCGGGUCGGGUCAUGGUUCUAUUCAACAGAUUCAAGUUGGGUCCUGGUCGACUUAGUUCGGUGUCGGGUCAGACACACGACUCCGGCUCGGCUCGAUCAUGGUUCGGGUUCACUCCGGUCAGCUUCGGGAUCGGUCAACCGGUCAAAGCAAGUCAAGGCUGGUCAAACUUAGUCAACGGUUCGGUCUCGGGUUUGGUCAAAGGCGGUCAACAGCAGAUCCGUUCGGUUUGGAGUUCAAGGAAUGGGUCGACUCGGUCGAACCGAGUCAACUCGGUCAAACCCGAGUCAACUCGGGUCCACACAGUCAAACCGGUCAGCAGCAGUCAACGGAAUUGUCCGGGUUCAGAUUUUGGCUCGGGUCUUAGUUCGGUUCAAUGAGUUCGGAUUCGAGUCAGAACAGGUCAGAAAGUCAACAAAAGUCAACUGGUCAAACCCCAGUCAACGGCAGUCAAAUGAUCGGCCACGAGACUCGGUAAAAGUUAAACAUAGAAUACCAUAUAUGCACGCUAGCUAACACACGUUCUUGGAACGACACUAUGGAAUGCACUUUAAGCUAGCUUUGCACAUGGAAAUCCAGUAAAAUGGAAAAAAAACAAAGAAAGUUACGUUUCUACUGAAGCCGAGAGAUGAAGGGUCGAAAAGAAUGCCUGAUGCGACAGAAGACGAGCAUGCGGUUGUUAAGCAAAAAGGUAUUUUAAAGGUGGAAAAGAACGCACAAAAGGAAAAAAGCAUACAGAAACGAAAAGAUGCAACUAAAUGUGUUGAUGUAGAAAGAAGGACUAGCAAACGCAAACACGAAGAAACAACCAAAGGUUUGGAUGUAACAUGUAAGACAAAGAACAAAAGGAUUGUAAGAUCGCGAAGACAAGUGAAAGACACCAAAGUUGAUAACAAUGAUAGUGAUGGUUCAAAUAAAGAAGUUGUGUCACCGAAAGUUAAGAAGACGGUGAGUAAAAAGGUUAUGAGGGUAUCUAACUGGCAAUCGAUACGAACACGCAUAUCUCCGCAUCAACUUUUGGUGGGGUUAAACACAUUCUCUAAACAACAGUUGGUAGCAAUAAAAAAUAUGGGGUUUGGAAGUAUUAUGAAGCUUAAAACUGACAGCUUGCCAGCGAAGAUGUCACAUUUUGUGGUAGACAAUUUUAGCAGGAAAGAUAUGGCAAUCAAGUUGACUGUUGGAAACAUUGAAGUUAACGAAACUGUUAUUAGCGAGUUGUUGGGAUUGAGAAACAGCGGGGCUGUUAUAGAGUAUAAAAAGAAGGAGAAAAAGAAGGAUAAAGAGAAUGAGGAGCAGAAAGAACAUAAGGAUGAACAAAAGGGGAAAAAUAAUGAUAAAAACAGUGGGUUUGAUAUAGAAUCUGAUGUGAAAGAAGACGAAGACGAAGAAGAAGAAGAUGAGGAAGUUGGGAUAUUGGCUGAGUGGAAGAAUUUAUACAAAGGGCGUACAAUAACACCGAGUAGAAUUGUCGAUAGAUUAAGAGAUAACCCAACGGAGGAUGGCAUGAUGUUUAAAUAUGAUUUUUUGACAUUGUUCAUGAAUACAAUGGUGGAAAUAAACAAAGAUGGUAGAUGCAAAAUUGAUUUUCUGAAAUGCUUAGGCGAAGAUGUGGCGGUUGAAGAUGUGAACUGGUGCAAGUAUAUUUGUGAUAGCAUGAAGAUGAGCAAAGAUGGAUGGCAACGGGAUAGCACGUCAAAAUAUUUUAAUGGUGCUCUUACAAUAUUGGUGAUGUUAUAUGUGGAUAGAACAUUGUGUGGGGACAUCAAUACGGUCCGAAUAUCGAGUCCAUUAUCAUUCUGGACUAAAGAAAUGUUGAGCAGAAGGCAGACAUGGGAAAUAAAGAAUGGCGGUUUUGGAAAAGGGGCAUUACGUGAAGGAUAUGUCGACACUCAAGUUGACGUGGAGCAUGAAACGAAAGAGGAUAGAAUGAAGAAAGUGGAGCAAAUGGUAGAUAAGAAUGAAGGCGAAAAGAAAAAUGUGACAUUUGAGGAGCAUGUUCGUAUGGUUGAAAGCUUAAUGGCUGAGACAUUAAGCAAAAAAAAGUUGUUAAAUAAAGAGUUGGAUGAUAUUUGUUACAAAUAUCCAAAGAAUGAGAAGGUUGAAGAGUUGGUGAGGGAGUAUGAUAGAACGUUUAGAGGUGAAAACAAAAUGUCGGUUUUGCUAAGCACAAAGGAGAUGGGUGACAGCAAAGAAAACAAAGUGAUGGCGCGUGAAAAAGACAAAAAGGUUAAUGUUAAAAUCAAAGGUGGGAUGAAGGUGUUUACAAGGUCAAGAAAAAGAAGUUUAAAAGAUGAAGGUGAUGUGUUGGACGGUGUAUCAAAAAAUGACGAAUGUGGUGCAACGAAGGUCGAUGGAGUGACACAAAACGAUGGGGAUAUAAAGUUAGACAAAGUUAUCGGUGAGACCAUUAAGUGGGCAGAAACGGAAAAGAGUGUUAUGAAGAGGUAAACACGUAGGAGGAAAGAAGUAGAUAACACCG